CACUUCAGCCACUCCACUGACAUCAUGUCGUCAAGGCUUCACGCCAGUUUCGGCCCAACCCUCAUUUUGUGCCUCUGCCUCAGCGUUGGACAAGCACAGCAGCAGAGCCAGGUCGAAGUUGAAGCACAAGAGGUGGCCCAAGGACAAGCCAGCACACUAAAUCAUGUUCCACUAAGACCAGGUCAACCAAACCCAGUUGCAACAGCUGCAACUGCCGAAACCGAAGCGCCAGAUAUCGAACCAGCUGAAGAGCUUCAAGGUCAAGCUCCAAUCUCCCGGAGCGUAGCAAUGUCCACCUACCCCCCAAAUUAUGAAUACGAAGCCCCUGAGGCCCACGAGGUGACGUCUCCACUACCCACAGCGCCAGCUAAUAUUCCCAAGGCUCGUCCACAGACGGUAUUGCAAAUCUCCCUAAAGAAACCAUCAUAUAUUAAAAAACAGGCACAAGGAGCGCCAGGAACUAUAUCCCGGUCUUUUCAAACUACACCUUCGCCCUCUGGCGGGAAGCGACAUCGACAGCAACAAAUAACACAAGCAACCAAUACAGUGAAGUCACAACUGAUGAAGGGUCUUUUUGAUCAAUUUAGAAAAAUGGCAGAACACUAUCAGUAUGACAUGCAUAGGAUGCGUGCUGCCAUGAUGAAGCCAGGUUCGCCCUCCGUUUCAGCAUCAGCUUCAGGUCGGAAUGGGGUUCCGGCAUAUGCAGCAGGUCAAGGGAACGUACAGAUAUCGACUUCAGGUCACAGUGGGACACCAGUAUAUCAUACAGGCCAAGGGAACAUGCAGACAUCGACUUCAGGUCAGAGUGGGACACCGGUAAAUAAAGCAGGUUUAGGAAGCAGAGAGACAUUGACUUCAGGUUACAGUGGGACACCGGUAUAUGAUGCACUUCUAGGAAGCAGACAGACAUCGACUUCAGGUCACAGUAGGACACCGGUAUAUCAUGCACUUCUAGGAAGCAGACAGACAUCGACUUCAGGUCAGAAUGGAACACUGGUAUAUGAUGCAGGCCAAGGGAACAUGCAGACAUCGACUUCAGGUCAGAAUGGAACACCGGUAUAUGAUGCAGGCCAAGGGAACAUGCAGACAUCGACUUCAGGUCAGAAUGGAACACCGGUAUAUGAUGCAGGCCAAGGGAACAUGCAGACAUCGACUUCAGGUCAGAAUGGAACACCGGUGUAUGAUGCAGGCCAAGGGAACAUGCAGACAUCGACUUCAGGUCAGAAUGGAACACCGGUAUAUGAUGCAGGCCAAGGGAACAUGCAGACAUCGACUUCAGGUCAGAGUGGGACACCGGUAAAUAAAGCAGGUCUAGGAAGCAGACAGACAUUGACUUCAGGUUACAGUGGGACACCGGUAUAUGAUGCAGCUCUAGGAAGCAGACAGACAUCGACUUCAGGUCACAGUAGGACACCGGUAUAUCAUGCAGCUCAAGGGAACAUGCAGACAUCGACUUCAGGUCAGAAUGGAACACCGGUAUAUGAUGCAGGCCAAGGGAACAUGCAGACAUCGACUUCAGGUCAGAAUGGAACACCGGUAUAUGAUGCAGGCCAAAGGAACAUGGAGAUAUCGACUUCAGGUUACAGUGGGACACCGGUAUAUGAUGCAGCUCUAGGAAGCAGACAGACAUCGACUUCGGGUCAGAGUGGAACACCGGUAUCUGAUGCAGGCCAAGGGAACAUGCAGACAUCGACUUCAGGUCAGAGUGGGACACCGGUAUAUGAUGCAGGCCAAGGGAACAUGCAGAUAUCGACUUCAGGUCAGAGUGGGACACCGGUAUAUGAUGCAGGCCAAGGGAACAUGCAGACAUCGACUUCAGGUCAGAGUGGGACACCGGUGUAUGAUGCAGGCCAAGGGAACAUGCAGACAUCGACUUCAGGUCAGAGUGGGACACCGGUGUAUGAUGCAGGCCAAGGGAACAUGCAGACAUCGACUUCAGGUCAGAGUGGGACACCGGUUUAUGAUGCAGGUCAGGGAAGCAAACAGACAUCGACUUCAGAUCAGAUUUGGUUUCCGGUAUAUGUUGCAGGUCGAUGGACGAUACAGAAAUGGACUCCUGGUAAGGAAAACGUACCGUUAUAUGCUACAGGUCAAGGAGACUUACAGAAGUCAACUCCUGGUCAGCCGGGAGUACCGGUACAUGCUGUAGGUCAAACAGAGGUGUCACAUGGAAGCCUAACAGGAACACAGGCACCAGUUACAGCUCCAAGUCAGACAACGCCUGCAGGUCAGGCAGGUGCACACUAUUCAGGUGCAGAUCUUACAGGUGCACAUACACCAGUUAGCGGACAGGCAGGUGCAUACACGACGACAUCAACACCUCUUCCUGUUGGUGUUCAGACAUCACCAGCUGUAGGUCGGGCAGUUGCAGACUAUUCAGCUGUUAAUCCAAAUGGUCAGGCAACUACACAGACAACACCAGCUGCAGAUCUAAGCGGCGCACAGACAUAUGUCAGUGGUCAAGCAGUAACCCAGACAACACCAGCUGCAGAUCAGGCUGGGGCAGCAGUUGUUGACCAGACUCCAGUCCACAUAGAAAAUAUUGUUCCUGUAAAGACAGUAGAGAACUCAGUAAAUGCCAAACUGAACCAUCCACUUGAACCAAGGUUUUCUUCAACCCGCAACAUAGACCCAUCUAUAGGUACUAGCAAUAUGCUGAACCCGUUCAGCCCUGCCGACUUCAGGGCAGUUAUGCAAAGAAUGAUGGUUCACAGUCUACGGAAAUACAUGAGCUCCCAGAGGAAAUUCCCAGCUUAUAAGGGAGGGCAUAUCGUUGCACCUUGAGAGCCCCAAUCACCUCUAGGAAUGUAGAAUACUAGUUUCAAACUCUGGAGGGACGCCCAUUACAUAACGUGACAUCAGGGGCGUGACCAGACGAGAAGACACACAGAAUCCGGAUCCAACAGUUAUGUCAAGAGAAGACCCGUCGCAUAGCUGACUUCUUAAGUUUUGUUUCAACGUCAAGUUUCUAAAAUAAAGAGUUUCUUUCAGUAUGUAAAA